AUGGGUUCUACCGCCAUCAUGCCAAAACUUACCCUCUAUCGAACAAACGGCUCCUGCUCCUUAAUUCCCCACGCCAUUCUUCUUCACUACAAUAUUCCCUUCAACACAAUCCGUCUCAAACCAGGUCCAAAUGGAUACGAAGCGGCGGACGGAAGUUUCACCAACGCUGAAUACCACGCCAUACAUCCAAGAGGUUAUGUCCCCGCCUUGGCCGUCGACAACGACAUCAUCACCGAGAUGCCAGCUAUUCUGACCUAUCUAUCGUCCCUACUUCCUAAAGAGAAUCUCUUGGGUGUCACACCAUUCCAGAAUGCCAAGGUAGUGGAGUGGUUGGUAUUUCUAUCAGGAACUUUACAUGGUCUUGGAUAUGGUGCCUGGCUACGACCGGGGAGGUUCAGCGAUGAUGUAUCAGCUCAUGAUGGUAUUCGUGUCAAGGGAAAAGAUGUUAUACAUCAGUCAUUCAAGAGGAUUGAUAAUGGUUACAAAGAGAGUCUAUUUGCAGUUGGAAAAGCUUUGACAGUUGUUGAUUUCAAUGUUUAUGUUUUUGCACGCUGGGCACACGAGGUGGAAAUUGAUUUGGAAAAAGAGUAUCCGUCCUAUUAUCAACACUUGAAGAGAAUUGAGAAGUUGGAGGGCGUAAGAGAGGCAGUCAAGGUUGAGGAGCUACAGGAAUUGUUUCAUGGCCCUUGA